UUCAAAAAAUUAUGAAGAGUAAACGAGUUUGAAGAAAGAGAAAUUACCUUUUUGAAGAUAAAUCUGCCGAAUAAGAUUGAAAAUUCAUAAUAUCUUAAUAGUAUUUUUCAAUAUCUUUAUAUUUUAGAAUAUUAUUAACCGCUUAACAUUUGACCAUAAUGAUCAAUAUUCCAAAACCUUUGAUUUAUGUCAGCGUUUUCGGAACGGUAUGCGGCAGCGCUUAUUUAGUCAAAGAUAUGUUUUCGGGAAAAGAUUACAAAAUGAAGACUACAGCAGCCAAUAAAGUGAUCAUAAUCACGGGUGCAAACACUGGACUCGGCAAGGAAGCAACUAGAUUAUUGGCCAUCAAAAACGCUACGGUCGUGAUGGCUUGUCGGGAUAUAGAAAAAUGUGAAAAGAGUCGAGUUGAGUUAGCUUUAAUGUCCAGAAACAAACGACUAUUCUGUCGAAAAUGUGACUUAUCAUCACAAGAAUCUAUUAGACAAUUUGCUGACAAAUUUCAAAAAGAAUUUAAUAGAUUGGAUGUAUUAAUCAACAAUGCUGGAGUAAUGAGAUGUAAAAAGUCAUUAACCAAAGAAGGGAUCGAAACUCAUUUGGGUGUCAAUCAUAUGGGUCAUUUCUUGUUAACUAAUUUACUUUUGGAUUGUUUAAAAAAAAGUGCUCCGAGCCGAAUUAUCAAUGUAACAACAUUAAAACAUGCAUCAAGUAAAAUUAAUAAACAAGAUUUAAAUUCAAGUACUUUAUAUAAUGAAGAGGAAGCAUACAACCAAAGUAAACUGGCAAAUCUUAUGUUUACUGCUAAAUUAGCCGAAAACUUAAAAGAUACUGGAGUAACAGCAAAUGCAAUUUAUCCUGGUAUGUGUACAACAGAUAUUUCAAGGCAUUUACCUUAUUACAAUAGUUUCACAAGGUUUUUCAUAAAGCCUGUGGCAUGGUUAUUUUUGAAAUCAGCAGCUAAAGGAUCUCAAACAUUAGUUUAUGCAGCAUUAGAUCCAGAGCUUGAAAAUAUUACCGGACAGUUCAUUAGUAACUUUGAAAUAAUACCAAUGCCAUAUCAAGUACGCAGGCAAAGAGAUGUGGAAUGGUUAUGGAAAGUAAGUGAAAAAUGGACGAGAGUCAAAGAAAAUGUGUCCUGAACUAUAUUUAUUACAUUAAAUUUAAAUAUUUAUUUAUAACUCGUAGUAACGCUAUUAGAAGUAAUAUACAAGAGUUGAAUAAG